AUGUCUCUGGACAUGGGGCAGCUAAGGUCCACUAUAAAAGCCAGCCCAGCCCCGUGCUCCCUCAUCCACUUCUCUGGCCUUCUCCUCCUUGGGAACCAGGUGAACCUCCUGCCCCCAGACAUGUCCUGCUACGACCAGUGCCAGCCCUGCCUGCCGUGCCAGCCCUGUGGCCCAACUCCACUGGCCAGCAGCUGCAAUGAGCCCUGUGUCAGGCAGUGCCAGAACUCCACCAUCGUCAUCCAGCCCUCUCCUGUGGUGGUGACCCUGCCCGGCCCCAUCCUCAGCUCCUUCCCACAGAACACCGUUGUGGGAUCCUCCACCUCUGCUGCCGUUGGCAGCAUCCUCAGCUGUGACGGAGUUCCCAUCAACUCCGGGUGCUGUGACCUCUCCUGUAUUGCCAGUCGCUACUGUGGCAGCAGGUGCCGCCCCUGCUAAAGAUGCCAGACAGUGCCCCAGACCAGGACCCCAGGAACUCACAACAUGCUGCUGGACAGAAGAACAGACCUUCACGCUCCUGUUUUAAGAGGGGCUGACCAUCUCUGUCUUGUCCUGUAAAGACAGACAGGAAGGGGCCAACCUGGUCUCUCUGUCAACAUGGCCAAUGUUUACCUUUUCUGUUUUCCACUCACUCACUCUUUUUCUCUCUUUUCCUUGUUGCCUUCUGCUGCCCUCCAAGCUCUCUGUGAAAUCCCCAGAAACCAACCUGGUGUGACAUGCAAGCCUCUCUCCACUUGUGGGUCCAGUUAGACGGAUACCCUGUGGCAAGUCUGCCAUUCAAA